CCUGGAGAAGAAAAUAAUUACACAUAACUGACAGGCGUUCAUACACAAUGACUAUGCCUCCCAGUAUCAGCCUCGAAUCCUCUUUACUGACAGGCGAAUGGGAUGAUACUGCCGACCUGUCGCUUGAUUCCACGCUGUGCAAGUUGGUCAAAGAUGUGGUCCACGGUUCUUUCAAGGACGUGCUGACGUCUCCGCUUACCCGGCAACUCUUGUCGACCUCGCCAAACCUGUCCGCGAACGAUCCGAUAUCCUCAUGGUUCUCCUUCCAACCAGCGCAAAAUUACGGGCAGGAGCUUUCCAGGCUAGCCGUUGCAGUCGCCUUCCUCAAUGCUUUCAUGCAGGUAAACUGGACAGGUCCUGAUUUAGACGUCAAGCCCUUUGACGUCCUCGGCACUUCCGAAUCGUUGACCGACGAUAUCCUGGACCAAAAAUCUAUAGCGGAGCUCGCAUAUGGUGGAGAGCCGGCCUACCAUCUUGCCCAAUCCCCAUUCUUCUUCCGAUUGGCACAGAUCCUGUUUCACCUUGAUUACGCUCAUGUCGCCACAAUUCAGUGGUGGCGUCUACGCACUUGGAAUGUCCACGAGCAGCUCCUUGACGAACCAGCAUCUGUCCCCCACGAUGCUAUGAUAUCUAUCGAAAAGCUUGCGCAAUCCCUAGCUCCUCAUCCGGACCUGGUCGGUCGAUUGUGGCUUGAGCGUGGACUACUUGAGCACUACCAAGGGAACGACAAAGCCGCCCUCGAUUUCUUCCUCCGGUCCGCGCGCGCCACAGAACUUCAGUAUGAGCUCACUGGAGCUCUUGGAAAGCGAACAAAGUUCCAGGAGACCGACCAUACGCAGCUCAUUCUCCUCGCCGAGAGUCGAGAUCGUGAUGAUAGCGCCCCAUCGGCUACGCGCCACACAGUGUCUUCACAAUUACCCGAGACGCUGGCACUCAACGACGAUACCCUCCUCGAACAGACGGAGUACACCUCUUCUAAUCCUUCAGCCCCUGGAUCGACUUUAGGCCAUCUUGACCCGUCUUCACAGCCUUCUCUUCAUCCUCUCGAUCAAUGUAUCCUCCUCUCCCUCUGUCUUAACGUUCGAAAUACGUCACCUACCCACGGUCUCACCAACGAGCAGAUGUCUCCCUAUAUCGCUCGUGUCAUCUCCCAUCCGGAAAACUGGUCCGUUCAUACCAUGGCCCUCCUUCUUCGUUCGCGCCUUGAAGCCCACCGCACGCGUACCGUCGAACGAUCCACCCUCCAGCUUCAGGCUCUACUCGAUCAAAUGCCCACAGCAGACUCCAGUCCUCGUGAACGACUCCUUUAUGUUCAUUCCAUCCCUCUUCCUUCCAAGUGGGAGAUGGAGCGGGAGCUUGCCCUUCGUUUCCUGAGCAUCGGUGUUGUCAAAUCAGCGCUAGAGAUCUUCGAACGCCUGGAGAUGUGGGAGGAGGCAGUCAAGUGUUGGCAGGCUCUCGAACAAUCGGACAAGGCUAUCAAUGUCGUCCGCGAUCUUCUCGAGGGCCGAAAAGCAGAGGCUGACGCUGUCCUCGUUCGAUCGAAAUCCCUCUCCACGACCAAACGCUCCUCAUUUGACGCCGCCCGCGAAGCCAAACUCUGGUGUUUACUGGGCGAUCUUGAACCAGCAUUAGCGGAGAAGCACUAUACGCAUGCAUGGGAGUUUUCGAAGAACACCGCCGGACGGGCAAUGCGUAGUUUGGGCGGGUGGCACUUCGCCAGGGGAGAGUGGGAGGAGACAGCGGAGUGUUUGAGGAAAGCGGUGGCGAUCAAUCCGUUGAUGUCGAGGAGUUGGUUCAUCCUUGGAUGCGCGUGUGUGAGAUUGCAGGAUUGGCCUGGGGCGAGGGACGCGUUUGCGCGGUGUGUGGCGCUCGAUGAAGAGGACGGGGAGAGCUGGAACAACCUGGCGACGGUUUAUCUAAGAAUGAAGGGUUCGGAUAAAAAGACUAUCGAGGGAGUCGCCGAAAAGGAGGAUUCCGAUGAGACAGACCUGACCAGUAGGAAAACGCCAUCGACCUUUGAUAACAAGAUGCUCGCUUUCCGCGCUCUGAAACAAGGCCUCAAAUUCUCUUACGAUAAUUGGCGGAUGUGGUCCAACUACAUGAUCAUCGCCAUGGACAUCGGAGAGCUCUCUGAAGCGUGCAGGGCCCUUGGUCGGAUAGUCGAAGAACGUGCAGCAAAAGAUGGGGAAGAAGCCGUAGACGAAGACGUUCUCGACCGUCUAGUUGACGCUGUUACGCGUGCUCCCGCGAACCAAAACGACGCUGUCGACGGUGCUACCGGAAGUGUUCCAAUGCAUAACCCGAACGAGGGACAUGGGUUGGCGAGACGCGUGGAGGAUUUGUUUGUGCGGAUCAUUCUUCCUCGCGUUUCUUCGCCGCGUGUAUUCCGGGCAAGAGCUCGACUCUUGACCUGGCAAUCAAAGUGGGAAGACGCCUUAAAGGCGUAUAUGGAAGCGUACAGGUUGAGUGUGGCGGGUACGAUGGAGAAGGGCGAGACGGAUGUAGAGCGAUUCAAGGAAGCUGUGAGGGAGGUGGAAGAGAUCGUUGAGAUGCUGAGGAACUUCGGGCCGAGGGUGGGAGAGGGUGCGGGUAGGAAGUGGGCGGUACAGGCGAGGAGUAUAUUGAGGACAUUCAUGGGAAGGGCGAGGGAAAACUUUGAGGAUGAAAAAGAGUGGGUGCGGUUGGAGGAGCUGAUGGAGGAGAUCAAGAGCGAAAUUUAGGUCUUGACAACUAACACAACAUCAGCAAAUCUUCUGCCCGAGAUCGUCAUACUCAUACCCCUCUAACCAAUACCUGUCGUCCAUCGUCAACGUUCCUGCCUCAAGCUUCGGCCUAACUUCGGCCUCAAUCUCCUCGAAAUCCUCCAUGAAUCCUUCCGCUUGACGUAUCAUCGUGAUCUCCCGGUCCCAAAUCUGCUUGGACGCUACGAUAGAGUCGCGUAUCUCAGGGAUGAGAGGGAGGGUCUCAGAUAAUUUGGCAUGAGAGCGGCAUAAGGAGAUCAUAGCAACACAUUUCCAAUAACAGUGAUAUUCAUCAUCUUUGGGAUAUAUAUUUGACGCCUCGAGAUACUUCCGCCCAGAUUGGCCAAAUAGAUCCAAUAUUCUCUCCUUCUCUUCGCGAGGGCAGGCUUGAGCAAGUUGAUUGAAGACAAAUCCCUGGGUUUUGAGGGCGACGGCUUUGGGGUACCGAUAGAAUGCGUUCGUGAAACCAGGACCCAUCUUCAUUACUUCUGGAAGACUAUCCUUCGCAGCCUCCACCUCAUUCAAAGCGGCCUGAGCUAAACAUUGAAGCCCGUAUAGCGUGAAUCGAGCGUCUACGCCUUCUGUGGUGCGAAAUGCCUGGACAAAAUGCUCUAGCCGCAUGGUCCGUACUCCUCUGAUCCAGGUAUCUUCCAAUACUGAACCCCUUUCAUCUCGGCUGGCGGUGGCCCACUCCUGUUGACCCCAAGCGAGAAUGUCUAACGCUUUAUCGAGUAGACCAGUCGACUUGAUAUGAUCGUUCAUGACGGUAGCUCGGGUGAACGCUAACAUAACGAGCUUCCGUACAACGGUCCCAAAAGCAGGCCGAGAGAGCUUAAAGCCACCCUCUAGAAAGAGUCGCUUUAUCUGGCCCGUAAUGGUAGGGAUAGACUCAGAUGCAGAAGGUGCGCGUGUCUGAGACUCCUCGAAAUGUGCAUUCAAAUCAAACUUGGCAAACCAUUCGCUGCUAUCAAUAUGGAAAAUACGACAGUCGUCUAAUACAGCAUUUGUGAAGUACAUGAGGGCCCCAGUCGACCCCGCGUACGUUACAAGGCCGCCUUGGCCCGUCAUCUUUCUGAUGGUCUUCAUGCAUUUUUCACCCUCUACCCAACACUGAAUGGACAGUGAAAGCGUAUCUAUGGUGAAUGGGAAAGGAACGUACUGCGUAUGCCUCCUUGAUCGCCCAGGCGCUACUCGUGAUAUCACCAGCAUCAUACAAUGGCAUUACCAUCGCCAACGCCCUCGUCCAAGGUGCAUCCUCGAUACGAAACUGAGAAAUUGGGGCUCUAUCGUCAGGUUCUGGCACGGCGCUGGGCAAUCCAUCAGUUGUGAGCCUCCGAAGAGAUUCAGUGUAUUGUUUCUUUUGCGUCAGUUCGGAAGGUGACAAAUUCUCUUUGGAGAGCAGAGCUAAGGCUCUUUGCCAACUAGCAAUGGCAUCGACCGGAAGAUGCAUAGCCUAUGCGCAAAUGUCAAAGUGGACACUAUUUCCGGAUGAAACCGUGGUAUCCACCUGUUGUGCAGUCGCCAAUCGUGCCCAAGCUUUUGGAAACAUAGGGUCAAUAUCGGUACCCUUUUUCGCAUCACUUGCAGCCUCCGGGUACUUCUUUAAGGAGGCGUUACAAGCAGAUUUAUUCGUGUGCAUGACAGCUUGAAGCUUCCGGUCCCCGUCGGAAAGAUUGAUCAUGCCCAUGGACCGCAGAGCCUC